AUGAAGUUCACUCCUUUCUGGGUCUCUUCCGCCCUAUUAAUUCCACAGGCUCUAGCCCUGGCUGCAUCUGCAACUACCUCUACUGCCACCUCCACUACCGCGGCAGCAACAUGUACAGCUUCCCUCAUUACCACCCUCUGCAGCUACCCGGAACCAGCAGAUGGCACUGCCGUCGCUAGCGACGGCAGCGCCUUUUGCUGGGAUUACUGCAAUGCCAACCCUCCCUGCAGCUUCGUGAUCUUCCGUCUUGGCGACCCUGACAACGGCGAUGGCACAUGCUGGCUAUACCCCGGAGACACCUUCGAUGCGAGCGAAGGUACAACGGAUUGCGACGACCCCAUUUUGUCCGUCUACGACGAGCCCGUUUGCUCUACCGCUACCACCACCGCUACCGCCACCACCUCUACUUAUUCCUGCGCCGCCACUGAGACUCCCUCUGCUAUUGCCUCGGUCUGCGGAUACCCGGAGCCUGCUGACUGUGAUUCCAACUGCUAUGCUAGCUCCGGUGCAUCGAACUGCAUGAGUAUUUGUGCAAAGGCCGAUGCCUGCAGCUAUACUGUCUUUAAUACGCACAAUGAAGACUACUCGCCCUACGGCGACGGUACCUGCUGGGUUUAUCCGAGUGGCACAUACGAUGCUGCAAAUGCAACCACUUGCACUGAUAACGUUUAUCAAUAUGUGUACGAUAACGAGUGUCCCAAGCCAUCGACCUCGUCCUCCUCUUCAUCAUCUGCUACUGGAACUGCGGGCGCUACUUCGGGCUCAACUACCAGCACCAACAUACUGUCGGAUGGCACUGACAGCGGAAGCAAUACCACGAGCGCCUCAACAGCUACUGCCACCAGCAAGAAUUCUGCUUCUGUUGGCCUUUCGCUUCCUAACCCGCUUGCUAUGGGAAUGGCUGCAUUGGCAUGGCUGGCUCUUUAA